UGUCAAGUGUCAAAAUCACAUUGCCGACUGCUUUGUUUGAUUUGAGGUUAUGUUAUUCAAAAUAACACGAUUUGAGCAACUUACACUAUCAAAAUGAGUAAAAAACUAAAUAAUAUGAAAUGGGAAUCCGUGGCCUUGGAUGGUUUUCCCGUUUCUAUGGCUGACAAAGGAUUUAUGGGCUUGGAAGAGUGCACAGAUUAUAAUUUCGAUAAAGAAAAAAAGCGGUCCAAGAAGACAAAACUAAAAGAGAAAAAAGAACAGAAGAAACCAAAAAACAACAAAAGAAAAGCGGAGCCUUCGAAAGACGAACCCAAGGAGGUACCAAGCAAAAAGGUUAAACUUAGCAAUGGUUUUGUAGUAGAAUCUUGCGAAACUGUUUCACCAACAUUAGGCAAUAAUGUUAAAACAAAUAGCAAGAAAAAUGCCAACAAAACAGAAGAAGGUGCUAAGAAAUCUAAGAAUAAAAGGAAUAAAAAGAAGAAAGGUGACACUAACACAGAAGAAACUACAGAUAAUAAACCGGUUAAGAAAAGUAAACAGAAGUUGGGAGAUCUACCACAGUCUACUUCGGAGUUGACCGCAGAAGACAUGCUGACGUGGGCCGAGUUUAAGCUGCAGGAACCAAUAUUAAGAGCUUUGACAGAAUUGGGUUUUAAACAACCUACUAAGAUACAGCAGUUGACCUUACCAGCAGCUAUACAUGGACGCAGAGAUAUCUUAGGUGCUGCGGAAACCGGUAGUGGUAAAACUCUAGCUUUCGGUCUUCCAAUCUUAUCGGGUAUAUUAAAACUCAAAGAAAAAGCAUUACAAAAAGGCUUAGAUGUGUAUGACAUACCAUACAAGAAACCAUCCAACAAGAAGAAAGAUGAACCAGCACCAAAAGGUAAGAAAGAUAAGUUCAAGAAGAAAGAUAAGAAGAAACCGGAAAAGAAGGAGAAAGUAGAAGAAGUAAAAGUAAAGGAAUCGUCAGAAGAUGGCUACAGCAGUGGUGAAGAGAGUAAUAAUGAUGGUGAUGAACCAAAAAAAGAAUACAAUGAUGAUGAUUAUUUAGAAGAGAUUGUAGUGCCUUACAAAAAGAAAGAAAAUUCAGCUGAUGAAGGGAAUGACAGUGAUGAUAGUGAUAAUUAUAUUCAUCUAUCAGAUAUGCUGGAUUCUGAUGAUCUAGCCGAAACCAGUGAUGAAAAUGACGAGGGUGAUGAAGAAAGUGGUGCAGAAGCUGGAAGCGGCGAUGAAGGAAGUGAUGCAGAAGCAGGCAGUGGUGAAGAUGAUAUUGAUGAAGACGAUCUAGGUUUAGAAGAGAUUGAUGGUGACGCUGGUAGUGAUGUAAGUGGAGAGGCUGAUGAUGAAGAAUUGGAUGAUCAAGGUGAUGAAGAUGAAGUUGAUGAAAAUGAACAAGGUAUAGGCUGUGUUAAAGUUUUAGACAACAUUGAGAUACCGGGUCACGUAUCCAUGAAGACAGGCAAGCCGCUGUACGCUCUCAUCAUCACGCCUACCAGGGAACUGGCCAUACAGAUCAGCAGACAUCUUGUGGCUGUAGCUAAGUAUACAGGUAUAAAAGUGGCCACGAUAGUGGGUGGUAUGGCGGCUGUGAAACAAGAGAGGGUGCUGCGAUCAGGACCCGAGGUGGUGGUGGCGACACCUGGCCGGCUGUGGGAGCUGGUGGGUCAGGGACAGCCGCAUCUGCAGCAACUGGACACCGUCAAAUUCCUAGCCAUCGACGAGACCGACCGCAUGAUCGAGCGCGGCCACUUCGAGGAGCUGCAGCCUCUACUGGAGCGACUCAACGCGGACGAGGAGCGCAGCGCCGCCAGACAGAACUUCGUGUUCUCUGCCACGCUGACCAUGGUGCACGACCUGCCGACACAUAUGAAGGGCAAGAAGGUAACUCAACGAGGCAAGAUAAUAAACAGGAAGAUAGAGAAGAUGACUCCUCAGCAGAAGGUAAACAGACUGAUCAAGAUGUUGGGCAUGACCGAGCCCAAGGUCGUCGAUAUCACCACGCAAAACUUAGGCACAGCGGAGACUCUAACGGAGUCCCGUAUCACGUGCGCUAUGGAGCACAAGGACGCGUAUCUCUACUACAUAGUGAAGCGGCACCCCGGCAGGACUAUAGUGUUCUGUAACUCUAUCGGCAGUGUUAAGAGAUUAGCUCAACUAUUUACAUUGCUCAAGUGUCGCCCUCUACCACUACACGCGAGCAUGCCUCAGAGACAGAGGCUGAAGAACUUAGAAAGAUUCCGCGACGAUCCCCACGGCAUACUGAUAGCUACAGACGUGGCAGCUCGCGGUCUGGACAUACCCUGCGUGGAACAUGUCGUACACUACCAAGUGCCGCGAACAGCGGAGAACUACGUACACAGGAGCGGCCGCACGGCGCGGGCCAGCCGGGAGGGCCUCACUAUACUCAUGAUGGAACCCGCCGAAGCGUACUUAUAUAGCAAGAUGUGUAGAACACUCAAUAAAACAUCAGAAGUGCCAACAUUCCCGGUGGACGCUCAAAUCUUGGCCCCCCUCAAGGACCUGAUGGUGGUAGCUCGGGAGCUGGACGGCUUGGAGCUGAAGAAGAGGCGGGCUGCACAGUCGCAGGGCUGGAAGGAGAAGGCGGCCAGGGAAAUGGACAUGCUGAUCGAUGAUGAUGAUGUUCCGGUGAAACAAGUAGACGCAUCUAUAGAGAAAGCAUUGAAGGCUAAGAGGCGUCAACUGGAGGGCUUGCUUUCCCGGCCUAUAUACCCUCGAGGCUUCUCCUUCAAGUACCCCACGUUGAAUACUGCGACCGCCUUCACUGGCAGCGAGGAUAAUGCUUUGGAGGUUAUGAAGAAAGCAUUGGCGUCAGGACAACUGAAAAAAGAAAAGAGGAAAACUAAAAAUGCGCCACUUCUACAAUUACAAAAGAAGAAAUUUAAAAAAGCUAAAAAGUGAUUAGUUAUUUUAAGCAUACUGUACGAGAAAUAAAUAAAUUUAUGACGUAAUAA